AUGGGUUUCUGGGAGGAGAGGGUAGAAACUCUUCACCUGAAUGCGGUACUGACCGAAGAAGUGAGCAGCUGGAUUCGGAGAGACCAUAAUAGUUUCCUUCAUCUGCUGAGCUUCCAGAAACCUCAAUUCUGGUACUUGUUAGCGGUGUGGACCUGGUUAGCAGUGAUCUCAAUCUGUUCUGAUGAUUGGUUGAUAGUCAGAAUGAAAAUAAGGCCCUUUGAUAAUGACACAGAAGUGAAAAUUGGUGACAUUAACCUGGGAGAUGGCUGUCCUGUAACAAGGAUGCUCUCAUUCAACUAUGAGUUUUCUUAUCCUGUCAUUUCCUGUGGGAUCAAUAAAUUUGUAUUCUCAGGGGAUGACGUUUUCAUACUAUCCAAGAUCAAUUACAGACCAACACUGAAUAUCACCUAUUCAUUUCAGGUGGUUUGCUUUGUGAAGAGGUUUCAAUUAUCUCUGAUGCCUUUUGGAAUGAAUGGGUAUGAUGCCAAUAUGUUGGGUGAUAGCUUUGAAGUGACAAAAGAAAGGCCACCAAUGUCAGCUCCCCCACAAAGCAAAGAAUGUGAACCUAUCUUUAGCAGUCACAGUAAGGAACAACUAUUCAUGAAGCCCUGGAUCAAAAAUGUCUGUAUCAAGACUUCCUCUCCUCCCUGA